AUGAUUGUUGAUUCCUUUCUUUUUUAUCUUCAUUUUUUGUGGGGUUUCGAGAAAAAAAAGAAAUUCAAGAUUGGAAUUUGUCAGCUGAAAGUUACAACAGAGAAGAAUGUUAACAUUCUAAAUGCUCGUAAUCUAAUUCAAGUUGCUGCAGAACAAGGUGCAAGUCUUAUACUUUUGCCGGAAAUGUGGAAUUGCCCUUAUUCAACUGACAUGUUUGGAAAGUUUGCUGAGGACUUCAAUGAUUUAGACAGCGCCUCGUCAUUUCUUAUGUUAUCUGAAGUGGCUUCUGCCUUAGGAGUCACCAUUAUAGGUGGAUCGAUUCCGGAAAAGGAUGCUGGUCAGAUGUACAAUACUUGCACUGUGUUUGGACCUAAUGGAGAGUUAAAGGCUAAGCACAGAAAAAUAUAUUUGUUUGACAUAGGUAAGCCACUUCCAGGAGAAGUUCAAUUUAAGGAAUCAGACAGCAUUUCAGCAGGAGAUAAGCCUACAGUUGUUGAUACAGAUUUUGGUUGCAUUGGAAUAGGAAUUUGUCAUGAUAUUCGAUUUCCUGAACUAGCAAUGGCAUGUAGUGCGAGAGGUGCUCAUCUAAUAUGUUACCCUGGAGCAUUCAACAUGAGUACUGGGGCGGCCCUGUGGGAGCUGGAGCAAAGAUCAAGACAAGAUGAUUCUGCCUCGGCAGUAGAUAACCAGCUUUAUGUGGCAUCUUGCUCCCCAUCUCGAGAUUCAGCCAGUAGCUACAUAAUAUGGGGUCACUCUACUGUGGUUGGACCGAUGGGUGAAAUAAUUGCAACCACAGGGCAUGAGGAAGACGUUAUAAUUGCUGAUAUUGAUUAUGCUGCAAUUCAACGGGCCAGGGAAAGCCUCCCUUUAAAGAGCCAGAGGCGCGACGAUAUCUAUCAAUUUGUAGACUUGCUUGGAUAG